AUGGUCCAAGCAGAAUCUGAUAAGAGAUUCCCUAAAAAUCUCAACAAACUUUCAGAAUCUGAACUGCUUACUUCAAAAACCAGCGAUCUAAAACCCAAGAGACGCACUGGCCAGAUCAGCUCCAAACUUAGUGUCCCUCAACCAAAAAUAACCACUUCGAAGAAAAGAAACAAUAACCCAGAAAUUUUAACAACUGAAGGCAACAGAAGUACAGUUUUUUACUCCCAACAAACACCAAAUUUCUAG